AUGAGACAAAAAGCAUUGGUUGCGAAGGAAAUAGAAUACAAUGUAACACUGACCAAAAAUUUUACCAGGCAAGCUGAAGUGAUAAGGAAACUGAGCGGCCUAUCUACUCAAUGGGAGAAUAUACAAAAAAGAUGGGAUACGCUGGGGCAAGACGAGAGUUUGCGCUUCUCUCUGGCAGGAGCAACGGUACUUCAGUGGGCUGCCGGAAAGGGACUUAUGGAGGUGGUUAAACAGCGUCUCGAAAACGGUGCCGAUGUUAAUGCUUCGGAUCAGGAUGGCUGCACACCUUUAAUUGCAGCUUCACUAGGCGGGCAAUUCGAAGUGGCAACGCUCCUCAUCGAACACGGCGCUAAAAUUGACGCCCUCGCUACGAAGGAUGUGACAGCUUUAAUCGGAGCCGCUGCCUCUGGAUGUGUCGAAGUUGUUCAAUUCCUGGUUGAUAAGGGAGCCGAU